UUCUCCACAUAAAUACUUUCCGCCUAUCGUUCGUUACCUUAUACAGCAUGAUCCAUGCUACUACUGUAGUGCCGGCUUUAUCAACAAUUGGACUUGCACAGCAUUUCGAAAUUCUUGUUAUUUCAUAAUUAUGCGUAUUUUGGUACUUUAUGGCAGUCAAACUGGCACCGCCCAAGAUGUGGCCGAACAGAUAUGGCGUGAGUCACGUCAAUGGGGCUUUCAUGGACCGGUGCUGGCUCUUGAGGACUACAAUAUUCAACAGCUGGUCGAAGAACGUCUCGUUAUCUUCGUGGUAGCCACCACGGGCGAUGGCAUGGAGCCCGACAAUAUGAAGCAAGCCUGGCGCUUCCUACUCAAACGCAGCCUGCCCAGCCACUCGCUGAGUGGUCUACAAUUUGCGUGCCUGGGACUGGGAGACUCCAGUUAUUCCAAAUUCAAUUAUGCAGCCAAAAAGCUGCACAAGCGUCUGCUGAAUCUUGGCGCCACGUCGAUUUGUCCCUUGGGCUUAUGUGAUGAUCAACAUGACUAUGGCCAUUUGGGCACAUCGCUGACCUGGACAGCGGAGCUAUGGAAGACACUGAGUAAUACUUUGGCUGUGCGCAAGCAAAAGGAGUCGAUACAAGUGAAAAGGUGGAACGUGCGAGUGCUUGGACAGGAACCUUCUCUGGAUGAUGAGCGCCUGCUUUGGACACAGCGACAGGAGGCACACGUGUUCAAGUUAGCUGAAAAUACACGCACCACAGCCGAGGAUCAUUUCCAGGAUGUGCGUUUGUUGCGACUCAACAGAAGCACAGAGAACCCUACGUGGCAACCCGGCGAUGUACUCGAAGUCCAGCCACAAAAUAGUAGUGAACUUGUCAAAGACUUCUUUGAUCUGCUAAAGGAACAUCAACUUGACUUCGGUGCCGCCACCGUGGUAGAAGUGAGCAGUGCUCACGAGGAUUUGCCUUUGCCUUUGGCCUACUCCAAACCACUCUCACUGCAGCAGGCGGCGAAGUAUAUUUGGGAUCUGAGUGCCAGGCCGCGACAGCGGUUGCUUGAGGUGCUCGCACAGAACUGUGACGAUGAAAUGGAGCGCGAGAAGCUGUUGGAAUUUUGCAGUGCUGAGGGUCUGGACGAUCUGAUAUCGUAUGUAAACAGGCCACGUCGCAUGCUGUUGGAGCUGUUGCAGGACUUUCGGCAUGCCAUGGCCAAACUGACGAUUUCCCAGCUAUUCGAGAUGAUGCCUAUAAUACAAACGCGCAGCUUUUCCAUUGCAUCUGACCAAUCUGCCAACACUCUUGACUUGCUCGUAGCUGUCGUUAACUAUAAGACCAUAAUGCAUACUCCACGCUUGGGUCUGUGCUCCAAUUGGUUGAAGGACUUAGAAGCGGGCGUGGAAUUACGGGCUGCCAUCAAACCGGGCACCAUGACCUGGCCUAAGGAGCACCAGACGCCGCUAAUCAUGAUCGGACCUGGCACAGGAAUUGCGCCCUUUCGCAGCAUUAUCCAGCAUCGUUUGCACUUGCAGCAGUUGGGCCACAUUGUGGGUUCUCUUGUUGUCUUCUUUGGCUGUCGUAACCAGUCAAAGGACUACCACUUCAUGGAAGACUUUAAGGCAUGGCAGGCCAAUAACAGCGUGGAGGUGCAUGUGGCCUUCUCGCGUGACCAGGAGAAUAAAGUGUACGUGCAGCAUCUGAUCAAGGAGCACGGCUCACAUUUGGCUCAACUAAUUAGGGAACAGAUUGCCUUUAUCUAUGUGGCAGGCAGCUCCAACAAUAUGCCAAAAGCGGUCAGAGAAGCAUUUAUUGAAGCGCUGGACAACGAUGCGCUCUACAUGGAGCAACUGAUUAAACAGCGACGAUAUCAAGAGGAAACAUGGGCUUGAGCACAAAAACUGAUCAAAGGAGUCAACGACUCUUGCACGCAAUAGACAAAAGUUUCAAGUUUCUUAGUUUCUAUUUGUUGGACGGAUAUGUAUAAACAUCACGUGUUGAAUUAAAUAUAGGCUAGCAUUUUAAAUUAUACUGUUCCUAA